UCUACGGGCUCCAGAGCGUGAGCAUAGCAGUCCCACCCCCGACCAUUUACCCCCGAUAGUAGCCAAGGUUUCCAGGCAACCGGCUGGGGGCUGGGACAACAGCGAGAAGCUUCAGGGUGCCGCCCCUCGCCCUUCUCCCGCUCCCAAAAGAGACAGAUUGAGCCCUGCUGCUCGUGGCAGCUGCACUGCGCCUGCUCCGGACGGCGGGGCCCGCGGGGAGCCUGUUGUCUGGGGACGGGAGAACGGUUUUGAAAAACCUCUUCCUUUCGUUUUUCUGCGGGUUAUGUAACAGCACAGGGUUGGUUUGUCUGUUCUGUCUUUGAGGAAAGAUAUGGAGCAUGUGGAAAUAGAGAGGGAAGACCAUGGAGGAAUUUGAAAACAAGGGUGGGAAUUUUUAAAAUUCAGGUGUAACUAGUGGAGCCAAUGGAUGGGGUCGUUCGGAUUUUCGGAAAGCUUUUGAUAAAGUCUCACUUAAAAGUCUAAAUCAGUUUCACAUGGUUGUUAAGAAGAGGAGGCUAUGAAGUCAAUAAACUGAACACAAACAUUACAUCAGGAUCUGAGAGAGUUGCCAACGUAUCACUGAGUUUUGAACAUGGAAGAAGAAAGCACUGUUUCCAGCGAGGAGAGGCCGUACACGGAUUCUAUGUGUGGGCAAGACUCCAACCAAUUAGCUGGCCUGACAGAACAUAAACAUGCUCAUACUGAUGAGAAACCGUGGAAAUGUGGGGACUGUGGGAGAGAAUUCUUUCAUCCAUCCAAACUGAAAAUUCACCUGCGUAGCCACACCGGGGAGAGGCCAUUCACCUGUUCCGAGUGUGGGGAGGGAUUCACUCAAUCAUCCACUCUACUGAUUCACCAGCGAGUUCACACUGGAGAGAAACCAUUCAUCUGCCCUGAAUGUGGCAAAGGAUUUACUCAAUCAUCCACCUUGCUGAGACACCAGAGAGUUCACACUGGCAAGAGGCCAUUCACCUGCACAGAGUGUGGGAAGAGAUUUAUCAAUUCAUCAAACCUGGUGACACACCAGCGAGUUCACACUGAUGAGAGACCAUUUAAAUGCCCAAUCUGCGGCAAGUGCUAUAAAAGUUCUGGGGAGCUGAUGCUCCAUCAACGUGUUCAUACGGACGAGAGACCUUUCAGGUGCUCUGACUGUGGGGCCGCGUUUAGCCGAUCAUCUUACUUGACUGUACACCAUCGAGUUCACACUAGGGAGAAGCCAUUCACCUGCACUGACUGUGGGAAGGGGUUCUCUCAGUCAUCCCACCUGUUGGUACACCAGCGUGUUCACACUGGGGAGAAACCCUUUACCUGCUCUGCCUGUGGGAAAGGUUUCAGUCAGUCAUCCCACCUGCUGAGGCACCAGCACAUUCACACUGGGGAGAAGCCAUUCACCUGCUCCAGCUGUGGGAAGGGAUUCACACAGGUACCACACCUGCUGAGUCACCAGAGAGUUCACAACUAACUUCAGUGAUUGGAUUUUACUAUUAACCACAUCCAGGAGAGAGCCAUGUUCACUGUGGUCUGUUUCUGAUGUUAGUUUUACUCAGUUAUAGAGUUAAUGUUGACAAACAUCAUAUAAACCAGCUUUGUGUAAAACACAGUACCUGCCACCUCCUUACUGUCUUUAACACAGAUGUCUCUGUUUUGAAUUACUCUCUCUCCCCUUCAUCCUUACCUUGAGCAAGAAGUGCAAGGAGCUUUGUUGUUGCUGAGAUGGAGACAAUCUGUGCAGCUGCCUCUGCCCAGACUGAGAAAAGUGCUAUGGAAAUCUGAGUGAUCUGAUUUCCCACCAAUGUAUUUACACUCACACAGCAAAGACCAUGCAGGUGCUUUCACUGCAGGGCUGGCUUCAGACGAUCACGACCUCACUGUUAGCCAGUCAUUUCACACUGUGGGGAGGCUGAUCACUUGCUGUGAGAGUGGGAAGACUUACUCAGAUACCCCACCUUCUGAGACACCAGCGAGUUCACUAGUAACUGCAGCAAUUGGAUUUGCUGUUAUUCAAAUGCUGGGACCAUUCAUUUCUCAUUCCAUCUAUUUCUACUGAUAUUAAUAAAUUCUAGAACAGUUUUGUAUGUGAACAUUCAGAAUAAAGUUCACAUGAAUUAGCUUUAUGUUACACCCAGUGUCUUGAGCCUGUUUAGUGUCACCAACACAAGUCAGUGCCUUUUGAAGGGACUCUCCCCUCUUUCCGCUAAUGAAAAGUGUGAGGGGUUCAAGAAGCUUAGACUCCACUAAGAUUGAGACAAUCUGAUCAGCUGCCUCUGCUGCUUCCCUCCUUCCACUAGCUGACUGGGUCAAACUGUCUGUCAGGUUUUGCCUUCCUGACCCCUGACUCCAAAGCUGUUUCCAGUUUCUCUCCUAUCAGAGCUUCUCUUGGCCAUGAGACCCACCUUUGUUCCAAUGGCCUAUUCUCACUAAGGAUGUUCACUAAUAUUGUUAACAGUUCACUCCCUUAAACCUUCCUAUUCACCAGUCCUUUUAAAAAAGCUUUGAUUGCACGGUGCUUGCAAAGACUUGAGUGAUCCUUGCUCCCUCCUACUUCUCAUCUACACACUGCCACUGGUCAACAUUAUCCAGAAGCAGUGUGUUAGUUUUCAUGUGGUCUUGGACAACCACAGCUCUACCUCCCCACCAGCCCUGUUCAUUCCUCCACUGUUAUUGCAUUAUCCCACACCAUGUAUUGGAUGAGCAGAAGUCUCCUCCAAGUAAAUGUUUGGAAGACCAAUCCAUUGUCUUCAGUUACCAUUACAUAUUCCUUUCUCAAACUCCUGAAUUUAUCCCUCUUCCCUGACACUGAGGCUGAACCACACUGUUCAUCACCUCAGUCACAGAUUUAACCCCAAGGUGAAUUUCCAAAGACAAAAUCACACUGUCACUCAUACCAGAUACUUAAAUCUCCAUAACAUAGCCAUCUCUACCCCAGCCCAGCUCAUUUGCUACUGAAACCCAUCUCUGUGCCUGUGUUAUCUUCAGACUUGAUGAUUCCAAUGCAUUCCUGACCAGUUUCCCACAUUUGCCACAUCCCAGUUUGGAAAUCGGAGAUCUCCCAAAACUCUGUUUUGCAACUCCUGUUCCACGUUCCCUGUAAUCUGUGUGUGUGUGUGUGUGUGUGUGUGUGUAGUCACUCCAAGUUUAGCUACUGUGACUGAGGUAUUAACUUCCAGUUUCAGAAGUCAUGACUGUGCAACGUCCCUGGCUGCCUGCACAGCCAUUUGGAGGGAAUGCCCGUCCCAUUCACCCAAUACCCUCCUUGAUAGUGUUGCUGCUCAUUUCGUUUUCUACACUGACCUCCGAUCUGUACGCAGCAGCAAUGCUUGAUCCCGGGACUGUGGAGUUUCAAUGGAUCAUUUUAUCUGUCCUUGCAGUGAAUCUUGAUCUGACACAUUCUAGCUCCUCCUUCGGCUGAAAUCAAAAUGUUAAAAAAUUUGUACAAUUUCAUUGCUCCACUCCCAGUCUCUUCCUCCCCCCCCGCCCCCAUCUUAACUAGUUUCAACUCUUCAUAGCUUGUGUGCAGGAAAAGACUGAAAUCAGUGAGAUAAUAGUUUUGUUUCGUAGUCAUGGGAGCUUUGAAAAAUGUAGAAGAAUAAGUGAGUUAUCACUCAUUUUCAAAUAAUUUAAAAUAACCUUUCUCCAGUUUGAAUAUGCCGAUUGUGGAAGAAAUCCUUUGCAGUUUCAAAGUUUGCGCAUUUGAAGGUAGGAAAAUUGAGUAAAUCCUUUUGUGUUCUCAAUGUCAGAACUGUCUGUUUCCGAAUUUAUUUGUCUGUGCUGCUCUGUCAGUAAAUGAGAUGACCAAAUGAAUUAUUUUCCAUAAUUAACUGAUCAAUAUCCUCUCCCUGGUUCCACCCAUAAAAAAUAAUAAGAACAUAAGUAGAUGCAAGAUUUGAGAUAUUACAUUUUACAAAAAGAUUACUAAGCAAAGUUAUUAGUUUUUAAAAUCAAUCAAGAUAGUUGGGAAGAUGAUGUGUUGAGACUUGGGAUUUAUGACUAUUUGGAAAAACAUAGUGUGAUGAAAGGCAGUCAGCAUGGCUUUGUGAGGGGCAGGUC